GUUAGUAGCAGUAGUUUCACAUAAGGCGCAAUAUACUAUUUAUAGUCAUCUCGUAUGAUUGACAUUAUGCUCACUAUUAAGACGGUCUCUUAAAAGUUUCAGAUAAACGAAAGUCGGAGCAAACCUUGGACAAGCAAGAUUUUUAACAAGUAAAGGCAAAUGGUCACUAGGUUUUGAGACACAGCCAUUGUCUGAAGUGGGAGGUUGAGGCUCGUGUGUUGUGUUGAGUUGUUGCCUAACAACCACUGCGUUUGCGGCGCCUGCACUUCACAUCGCCUCGUCUCCAUCUUCUCCUCUAAACAAAGUCUUUCUUCAUUUCCAUGCCAAGAGAACCGCAUAUUCAGUCUUGUGUUAUUGAUAAGAGCUUCAUCUGAUAACUGCUUCUUUUCCUGUCAAGAGCUAUUCAUUAACCGCUGAUUCUGGUUUGGGAAAAUAUGAAUGUCAACAUCAGCAACUUUAUGGAGGAGAGAAGGGCGGACACAGAAGAAGCACCGUACAUGGAGAUGAAGACAAGUUUUGGUAACAAGGAGAACAUCAAACCUGCUAACAAAACACAACCUUCACAACCCAAACAGACCAAAGAAGAGAGUUUUGGCCUCAGUUUACCUCUGGGAGAAGAAUAUGAACGAAAAAAGCAGAAGUUAAAGCAAGAGCUACGUCUUGAUUACCGGCGCUUUGUGUCUGAGAAAAAAAAUCAAAUGAUUGCUGAUCCACUUCCACAGUCUCACAUGCUGUCUCUCCCCAUAAAAGAACGGAGAUCAGCGAAGGAAAAGCUGCAAGAUGAGAGGAACAAGGAGUAUAAUCUGUUUCUCCGAGGGCAAGGGGGAUCACAGAAAAUAGGGAAAUCUUCAAGUACUCCACAGGCCCUGGAUCGUUUUGGCUCUAUUACUCCAAAGUACCCUGCUGGUUCUCCAGAGGUACAAGUGCAAAGAGGCAGUCAGGGCCCAGAGAACAUCACAUUCUCAAGGAGGGAUGUUGCCACUCUAACUGAGCCCAUUUCUGGAGUGCCUAAGGUAUCAAGGCCACGGAGACAAUGGGCAGAGACGCCGGAUCGCUGGGGAGGCCCUUAUCGAGAUCACACCAGUUCUGAUGAGGAGAUUGAGCUCCCAGAGAAGGAAAGGCUUAGAAAUGUACAGGAAGACACUGGUGCAACCAGGAGAGGUGGAAAACAUGACAACAGCUCACACAGUCUACAAGCACCGACUCGAGCGCAAAACAGAUCUGUCAACGGGCAGAACAUGACAGAGUUUGCUACAGGACUCAUGAUUGGUGCUGCUGAAGGGGAUGAGGCCUCUCAGAGGAGGAAGGAACGUUACAGACUUGAGCUGCUACAGCAAAUAGCCGAACAACAGAAGAACAAAAGGAAGGAAAAGGAGCUUGAGUUGAGAGUGGCUGCAACAGGCGCUGUUGAUCCAGAAAAAAAGCCAGACAGAAUCAAACAAUUUGGUGCCGUGACCCGGGAGUACGAGGGCAGGAGAAGGGAUGUGCCAUACCACCCAGGGCUGGGUCUUGAGGACUUUAGGGCUGACUCUGCCAGGCGGCUCAAAGAAGACAAACCUCCACAAGCACCAAAGGAGAGCGCACCUCCCGAGAGACCUCGUGUUGCUUUCCAGUCCCCGUCUCUGGACCACAGCACUGUCUUAAGCCGGCUGGCUAACACAUCAGGCCUUGGUCUGGAGGCUGGAGCCAAUGGUACCACCCCUGUUACUGAAAACAAUUACAGAAGCCUCUCAAGAGCCCUGGGGGAGAUAGUUGCCCCAAGAAUUACAGGUGUGCGUCCUCCGUUGGGUCCCUCUCUCACAGACUCCUAUCAAACUCCUUAUGAUAAUGCAUAUUACUAUUAUGGAGCCAGAAAUCCUCUAGACCCCAAUCUGGCCCACUACGGACCAGCAGGGGAUCAACAGUCACACAUCCCUCUAGAAGCACAUCGGCCGGUUCUGCAGCCUCCCUCUGGAGGCCUCAAACAAGCGAUCAGCCAUGCUGGAGUUGUUCCCUCAGGACCAGCGUUCUUUUCUCACAAGAGGCUGCAGCAGCCCAAGGAAAGUGCUGUUAGCCAUCAGGAAGCCCUUAAGCAGCAGAUUCAAGAACGACAGCAGAGACGACAUCGUGAGAAGGUGGAAACAGAGCUGUAUGAUGCUAAAUUAGAGGCUGAGAUGAAGGCCUACGAGCCCUGGGGAAGAGGAGGAGGAGGAGCCCCUCUUAGGGACAAUCAUGGAAAUCUCAUCAGUGAUUUGAAACAAAUGCAUAAAUCAAAUGUGGAAGCUUAUGAUUCUGGAGGCAGAGUAGCCCGGAUUCCAGUGGCUUCUAGGACAGAGCCUGCAGGUUUUGCCCCUUCUCAGCCACCUGUACAAGCACGGGGUAACCUUUUCAACGAACUGCCGUCUCCACAGCAGCUCCAUGACCAGGAAAAGUACAAAGAUUGUUUGAAACAACAGAUCGAGGAAAAGAGGAGAAAGGAGGCAGAAGAGAGGGAGCGGAGCAGGCUCGAGGAUGAGAAAGAAGAGAGGCGGCUGGCCGAACAGCGAGCUCGGAUCCAAAGGGAGUUUGAGGAAGAGCAGGAGCGGAAGCGUCAGAAAGAGAAAGAGCAAAUAGCCAAAAAUGAGGAGUUGAUCAGGCAAGCCGAAGAGCGCCGUAAAGAGGCUGAGAAACUGAGGAAAGAAGCGGAGGAGAAAGAGAACGAGGCCCUGAGAAAGAGACAUGAGAGAGAGAAGCAGACACAUCUGGAAGAGGUCCACAGGGCACCGUCACCACCCCUACCAACCUUGCAGAAGAAACUACGUCAGCAGAUGCCUAGACCUCCAUCAGUGGAGAGCCACCGCUCUUCCACAACUGUGUCUAUGCGCUCAAUGUCAGCACCACAUUCUCCCCCGGUGCCUGCCCGGAGGAACGAGAUCAGGGCCACGGAAGAAAAGCAGACAGUGAUCAGGGAGUUAUCAGCCUUGCGUAGGCAGCUGCGGAGUGAACAGAGACGUCUAGAGGGACAGUUAAUGCAGUCCAACGGAAAUGACCACACCCCUCCCAUUCAUGGCAGACCAAGAGAACACCUCCCGGAGGAUGUUUUUGAAGUGGCAAGACUACACAAACAAGUGCCCAUCAGGAGGCCAGCUUCCCACACCACUGCAGGAGCCAACAUGCACAACCUACAAGAGUUUAACCAUCUCAAGUACAGAGACGGUGCAUCUCGUAUGGAGGUGAGACAGGCAUAUCCUGACCCCCCCAGUGACGAUCACAGUCUAGAUAUCCAGCAACAGGCUCUGUUACGACAACAGCAACGAACCAUAAACAGCCUGAGGAGGGGCAGACCUGCUGAUUACUUUGAUAUGGUGUCUUCAGGAAAGCAGCAUCUUGAGCAGAGGUUGAAUUCUGCAGAGAAUCCGGGCAGACGCUUGCUGUUAGACUCAGAGAGUGCCUUUAUUGACCCCAGUGGUGAUUCAUUCCAUCUCCAUUCCCGGCGUGACCAGAGAGUGAGACCGGCGGUUAGGAAGACAGACAUCUCUGAUGAUGUGUUAAACAGGUACACACGACCUGACAGUGGUCCUGACAGCCAGUCCCUGCACUCACUAACCAGCACAGAAAUAGAGCGGCUGAGGGAGCGCACAAAAAACAAGAUGACAUCGCUGAACAACAUGAGAGAGCAUGACUGGAGAUCAGGGGAAGUGUCAGCUGAGGAAGGGGAGGAGCUGUGGUCACAGACUCCUUCAACCAACCGGCGUGUUUCCAUUGACACCAUUGCUACAGACCCCUGGUUACGUCCUAGUUCCUCAGAUACUCUGAAGAGAUUCAUGGGCGGUCGCAGACCAUCCAACCGAAACCAUGCUGCUGGCCAGGAUUGGGAAGGGCCGUCCACUUACCAUGGUUAAAUCUCAUUCUGAAUUCUAAUGCCAGUUUCGCAACUUUGUACAGCUAUUUUAAAAGGAACAAGUUUAUAUAAACUUGUAUACGUGAUGCCAAAGAUGAACGUUAACAAUUUAUCAGUCCAGUUUCUUUAAGACUAAACUGUUGUGAAAUUAAAUAUCACACUUAGGAAGUUCUGGAACACUUCCUGUAGCAUUAAGAGUCUGUUUGUUCCCUCCAGUCAGAGAGUGCAGUCUGGGAGAAAUUAACUUUUCUUCAUACUGUUACAGUGUAUGAAUGUGUAAACAGCAUUAAUUCUGUUUGUUUGUCAGGUGAGAGAUCUGUACUUCUAAUGUUGUUAUUUUAUUUUUUCAUUUUUAAUGGUUGUUUUACAGAUGAUGAAUUGUAAGUAGGAAUAUGAGCUUAUGCAAGCAUAAGCAUACAGUAUAACUUAAGAAGUAAGGUAAUGUAAUUGAGUCUAUAGACUUUUAAUAAAUAAAAUAUUUUAAGAAUUUUUAAACA